UUAUUUAUUUAUUGAAAAUGAAUGGAGGUGAAACCAUAAGAGCUUUAUGCAAUCUUAAUCCUUAUAGGUCUAUUAAAGACUAUUAUUACUAUACUUACACUAAUUAUUAGUAUUAUUAAUUAUUAGAAUUUCACAUAAUUGUUAGUGUUUUGACAAACUCUAUAAACCCAAGUAUUAAAAUGUGGCACAUAAGGAAAAAUAGAUUUACAAAAUAAAAAACAUUUUUGAUUCCACAAAGAAAGAACCUUUCAGUGAACAGUUCUAAAAAAGAACUAUUUUUUCUUACUUUGAAGAACUUUCUAAAAAAUCUAAAGAACCUUUUGUGCAAUGAAAAUUUUCAAUGGAUGUUAAAGGUUCUUCAUGGAAACAUAAAUGCCAAUAAAGAAUUCAUUUUUAAGAGCGUACUGGGAAACAUCCUCGGCAGCCACUCACAUUUUCUUCUGAAAUUGUAAAAAUGUAUUUAUAUUAUUAUGUAAACUCGUAGAAUGGAGUAAAAUAGAAUAUUUGAUAAUGUAGGCUGGGGCAAGAGAAAUGCUGCAAUACUGCUCCAGUACUGCAGUGUCUCGACCAGGUGAGCGCGUUACCUGAUCUUGAGUCUUUCACUCCAUUAGAACUCAUUAUAAUCAACGAAGCGGCCUCCUGUGCAAGAGAUGGAAUUCUGACGUUGGCAGCCAAUCGACCAAUCAGAACGCUCUCGUUAUAAUCUGCGGGGCGCGACGCGUUACAGCUUCGUGGAUUAUCAUGGGAUCGCUGGAGUUUGUCGCGUCGCUUGCUUGUAGUGUAUCAUGUGAUAGGGGCUGGAAUUUGACACCUCAGGGGUUGAAAACUCUCAUGUGUUUUAUGGGACUUGAUUUUGGCACAGGCUCCUGCGUUUAGAGUGGAGAGCGUCUCCUGAGGAACUACCGCGCGCGGGCUGUCCUGGACCUGAACGCGCCUGGUCUUGCGUUUAAGACGCAUCUGAGUCAGUCAAGACAACCCUAGUUUCUGGUCGCUCAGGACAAUUUUAUGUGAAAAACGUGGAUGUUCAGAAUUAUGCAUCUUCACUACAAGGAGAGGUCGAGAGGAAACAUUUUAAGGAAUACGUUUUCAUUAUCUGUGGAUUAUUUUCACUUGUCAGUUUCUUAAUUUAUUUCACUCAAGUCCAUGACAGGAGAGGUCGAUCAGGACAGAAAAGAUGGCAAAGGGUGGAGUUGUCCGGAGAAUUGCAUGGCCGCACCUGCCCGAUGUCACCUGAGAAACUGGAAGGUGAUGCUGCUGGUGUUUGUAUGUUUUCUGGUUCUGGUUGAUGGACAUUUCCUGCAGGAGGAGACAGAAGAACCCCGUCCUAGCAAACUGAGAACCUUUUCAAACCAUCCAGAACGUCCAGGACUGCAGAAAGACCUAGAUGAGAGGCAGAGCAGAGCAUCAUGGGCAGGAUUGCAUGACCCGUCGCUAGCCGAAGAAGGUGAGGGUCAUCGAAUCCGUUGGCAGCGCUCCUCUACAAACACCUCAAGUUUGCGGAAAUCUCCUAAGAACCGCAAGGAACGUCGCAACCGUACACGAGGCCGGAGCAGCCAGGACUGUCAUUUGGAAAGGAAGGAGAUGAGGGUGCGUGAUCUCGGCCUCGGUUAUGACUCGGACGAGAUUGUGCUGUUUAAGUACUGCGUGGGGACGUGCAUGAGCGCCCGUAAGAACUAUGACCUGGCCCUGAAAGUGCUAACAGAUAACGGCAGCGUUCCAAGCCGUAAAGUGAGCACUCACCCCUGCUGCAGACCGACGCGCUUCGAGACCGUCUCUUUCAUGGACGCCCAGACGAGCUGGCAAACCAUCAAAUGGCUUUCAGCAGCCAACUGCAGCUGUGUGGGAUGAGAGAACCCGAGGAAACACAGCCGGUAAAGUCAAUCCAAAGCUCCGGUGUAGAAAGAGAGGGAAUUCCACUGCAAGGAAUCUGUGAUGCAGCGCUCCUGUUGAUGAGAGCUUCAGCAGUGCGGUGCAAAUGCAGCGGAUCUGCCAUCGUGAGCGGGAUGUCCUGCAGGGUAACGGUCAGAAAGUGUGGAGGUCUGCAUCAUCUGACCUCGGAGAGCUAAAAACUACCUGUGAAGCGAGUCCUCAGAUACAGUAUCUGCUUCAGACUGCAGCUCUACAUGGAAAGUUUGUGAAAAGUAACUUGAAGGCCUACAUUUCACAUUAUGAGAUUGAGCAUUCAGUAUGUUUUAAGAAUGACGUGAAUACCAUGAAGGUUCAUUUUAACAGAACAGAAGGUGCUUUAAUUCACUUAUCAGCCUAGCAUGUGUGUUUGUUAUACACACACUUUCCUUAAGCCAAGAGCACAUUGCAAGACUGAAGCACGUCACCUAUUUAUGUUUACGAUAAAUUCUUCCAAACAUAGGCCAAACAUUUGUGCUGAAUGCAAUUAACAUGCAGCAAUUCCCCAUUUUGCAGGCCGGUUCUGAAUGCUAAGUCGUGGAUUUCUGCACUGUGAUGCAGGCAUCUGAAUCGGCUCUUUAGAAUGAAGAAAUCGUGCUUGAUUACACUGCAUGUCUGGACGUAUGCCCGGUUAUAACGCUCUCCUCCAUCAUCUGAUCAUCAUUAGAUGAAUUACUGCUGCCAUGAUCGCUAGGAAAUGUACACUAACUAUUUUUAACUCUUUUCAACUCUUUCCUCUUUUAAACAAAAUUCUGCCAGCUUUCCAUAUGCAGAACAAGCUCAAGUGUUGAAUUUUGUGAAUGUUUUAUUCUAUAAUAAGCUUGUUUUACAUAGAAAUGAACCGUGCUUGCAUUUUUAAGAAAUGACGAUGAACUAAUUUACAAUACUGUUCAAAAUUUUGGGGUCAGUAAGAAAUGAAUACUUUUAUUCAGCAAGGAUGCAUUUAAAGGAUUAGUUCACUUCAGAAUUAAAAUUU